CACGGCAAAAUGGCGGAUUGAAACACAAGUUUUUCUUCGCUUAAUUCAUAUCAACAGAGACUCAUCUUAAUAAGUACGAAACACGUAGGUACGACAUGGAACAGUUAUUACUAGAUGCUAAGCGGCUGGUGAAGAAUCUAAGAGACCAAGAAACCAUUGCUGAUAGUCUUAUUAAAGAUGCCAAUACUUUAAACAUGAAAAUGGAGGCAUUCAAGCAAUUAAGAGAAGAAGUAACAGAAUUAAAUGAAGUAGCCAAUCACAGGCCUCGAAGCACACUCAUUCUUGGAAGUCAGGAAGAAAAUGCAAGGAUACGUGAAUUACAGCAGGAAAACAUCGAACUCCAGACCUCUCUUGCUGAAUAUCAGUCUGCCUUGGAAUUAAUAAUGGCUAAAUAUAGAAACCAGGUUCUGAAUCUAGUGAAAACCAAAGAGAUUGAGUCAGAUUGCUCUAUGGCAUUAAAUAACUACAAGGAAUUACAAGCAAAAGCAGAACAGAUUAGUGAGAUGGCAGCAAUAAUGUCCAAAGCAAUAUCCAUAGAUGACACUGCUGUACAAGCUGAAGAAGAGAGGUUAGCAGCUCUGGAAAUGGAAAACAAGGGGCUUAGAGAACUACUGAAGAUUAGUGGUCUGUCUGACCAUGACUUAGAGAAUUUCAAAAAGGAACAUAAUAUGUGACAGGUAACCUUAGGGGGGAGGGGUUGAGGGAGGAAGGGGAUUCAAUAGUUCAUAAGAUGAGGGCCCCUUACACAAUAACUGAAAGACAUUGAGUAAGAUAUCAUCAACUUAUCAAGCCUGAAGCUGGUUACAGUAUCUGCCAAAGACAGCUGAAGAGAAAAGCCAAGGUCUUGAUAACCGCAAUGCCAUACAGUAUACUCACUAUCUAGCCUGGCUCUGAUUUGCGGAGAAUAUAUAUUAACCAAUCCUCAAUGGCAUUUGAACUUGUUCAUAAUGUGUAUUUUUAAUAAUCUGUGCACUUAAUAGGUUUUUUUGCAUUCAUUUGCUUAUCCAUGGUGUCAAUUUUAUUCGAGGUCACAUUCAUAGUCCAUUGAAACAUGGCGCACUAUUUUCGCAGAAGGGAAAUAAACCCUAAUUUUAAGUAUACAAUAUAACAUUGGUAUCUUUGAGGCUUUCGCGUUUUGCCAUAAUACAGUAUGGAAUGUAGGAUUUCGGAAAUCAAAUCAUAGAUUUGAUAAAAAACAUGACUUUUCGGCUAUAACUAGUGAUACUGUAGCCUUCAUCAGAAUGAAAAAUCACUGACAAUUUUAAUGUUAAAUACAUGUAAUAAGGCUUCAGCACAUUAUAACACAGCCUUCACAUCUUGAUAAUUUACAUUAUCAUCCUCAACCUUAUCAUUCCAAAUUUUUUUAUAUAUUUGAUAAAAGAUGAUAAUAGGUCACCAGUUGUGCAGUUCAAUGGGGUCAUAUCCUUGUAGAAAGAAUAACACAUUGCUGAAAUGUAAAUAAAUAUAUCCAAUAAAAAUAAUGUAGAUUUAAAGUAAAAGGAUCUAAAUUGGUACAGAAUAUAUAUAAUAGGAGUCGGCUUCCCUGCUGCCGUUCUUAGUGUUGUCACGCAACACCCACUCCCAAUUUUAGUGGGGAAUGAGCGUUGUGUGUCGACACUGAGAAUGGCUUUGAAUGACAUUAAGAAUAUAGGUGUACAUAUUGUGCAGGAUUGAAUGGUCAGGGGAGCUAUUAGGCAGGGGGUCAUUACACUUAUUUCUUUGAUUGCAUGUUAACGUCAUCACGGCCAUGUUGGUACCAUUUAACGAAAGAUUUCUCAUUAGCAUCCAUUGUUAAUGGCACCACAAUAGCCGCUAUGUUUUUGUCUCUUAAUUCCCUUGGGAAUGCUUGCAGCCCAUCAAUAGCUAGCCAAUAGCAAAUGAUAAAUAUACUGUAACCCUGAAGUUUGACAAAUAUACGUGCAAGCGCACUAAAACUAUGCUCUUAUAUCCCUGCUAUUAAACCUUAGUACCUAUU